AUGUUCACCUCCGUCACAAGAAGAGGCUUUAUUACCACCGGCUCUUCAAAAAGGUUGAUUAGAUUCCAGUCAACUGGCGGUAGCGGUAACAACAGCAACAAUGGAAACAGUGGAAACAAUGGAAACAAUCUGAAAAAUUCUCCUAUUGACUUCAACUUCAAUGAUUUGUUCAAGAGAAUUGAUAAGGCCUCUAUAAAGGCAGCAGAAAUCAAAGCUGAAGCUCAAGCUAAACGUCAAAAGUCAAGAGCAGAACAACAGCAGCAACGCAAGAAAAAUGAAGGAGUGAAUGCUGCCGGAGAGCGCCAAACGACAAAUUACAAUUUUAAAAACAAAAGUGGUAAUAACAAUAAUAUCGACAACAAUGGCACUUUCCAAAGUAAUAGAAGAAGAAGAACAGUCCAACCUCAGAACCAAGGUCCUCGUGGACUGAGUCGAAAUGGCGAAGGUAUGGCCACUGCUGGUGAAACCACCCAAUAUAAAAAUCAACCACGUCAGCGUCCUUAUAGAUCUGAACAAAAUCCUGAUAAAUCCAAAUCUUUUGAAGGAGAAAAUCAAGCGCAGGAAAAAGGUCAAAGUCGAUAUUCUGUCGAGGGAAGUUACCAACAACAGCAACAGCAACAGCAACAGCAACACUCAUUCCGUGAAAAAGCACCUCGCGCGGGAAGUGACUCAUUUUCCAGUGCUUCACAAGUUUAUGGUGAACGUGCAAACUAUAACACUUCACCACGUACAUACGGUGAUGCUGACAGAGAACGAGGUUUUUCCACUCACAGACGUUCCCCAAGAAGACUGAGUGCUACAAAUGCAUCAUUUGGUAGAUCAAGAAGAGAUGCUGGCGGGGAAAGACAAACCACCGUGCGUCCACUUGCUAAUAGAAUCCCCAAGGCAAAAAGAGUGGAAAGAACACCAACUGGUUUUAGAGUCACUUACGGACCUGGUAUUACUAGGGAGAAUUAUGGCCAACCACCAGCACAAGAAAUUGUGUCAAAGGAUUUGGACUCAAAAUAUCUUAAACCAGAGAUUAAGCCCGAACACUUUUUUUAUGGUAAGUCGCCAAGUAUUAUUACCUCCUCAGUAAAAACAAGAUUAGCUUCGAUUGCCAAAAUGACCUUGAUUGAUUCCAAGUAUCCAUACAUGUUGCCAAAGGAAAUUAUUGCCAAGGCACCUACGCAUUCUACAAACAAGUUCAUUUUGAGAAAGAACUGGAACGUUGAGCCUGCUGUUGAUGUGCUCAGUAGAAGAGUCAACACUAUUGGUUUGGGUAAGGCUGAGUCUGUUAAAAUUGAAAGUGAUAAAAAGAAUUCAUCAGUUCUCUUGAAGGCUGCACAUGAUAUCAAUAUCAAUGGAAGCUAUACUCUUGAACAAAAGCAAUCGUUGAUCAAUACAGUUGCUGCAUUGGACAAGAUCAAGAAUGUAUUUGACGGUGCUCACUGGAAAAAGCUGGGUGCAGCAGCAACCAUCAACCAAUAA